AUAAUGCCUGUGGACCCCGAAUACCUCCUCGGUCAGGCAGCUGUCGAGAGACGUCGUGAGAGGAAAAGGCGUUCCUAUCGUCGAUUGGCUCUACGCUGUAGUUGCCUUAUCUUGGUUGUACUCAUCGUUGUCUGCAUUGGUGGCUUUGGCGUCGCGGUCACCCAAGCGUUACAUGCUCAUGAUGUGGAGUUGCUUGACAAAAGGAAUGUCACUGCGUCUACUAUACAGUACACGUUAAACUAUACGUAUGAGGGUCACAUAAGUCCUGGGCAGUGGAUCAAGUUCGAGGCGCCCUCUGAGCGAGUUCGUAACUAUUGCCCAGUUUCCACCGACGAUAGCAAUGUGACCAUGCUGGCCGUCAAAGUCCGUACUGGCGUGUCGUUGGAAAUGGCUGAGGACGUCUGGCCCGGUUCUAUGAUGCACAUUUCCGGUCCCUUCCCUCCUCUACCUAGCCUCCUUCGCAGUCUGGACACGUCAGCCCAUAGAGUCGGCUUCUUCUGCUUUGGUGGUGCUAUAACAGCUUGUAUGGAUCCUAUCAGAGCCCUGUUGAGUCAGGGUGCUGAUGUGCGACUACUUUAUUUCAACAAGGGGCCGGAGCAGGUCUUAUUCCGACGUCAGCUGGAUGCUCUGACAACACUGUACCCCAAGACUUAUCAAAUUCAUUACGUAUACACCCGACCUGGUCAGGAGCCUGAUAGGCCUGGAGAAUUGACCGGUCGCUUGAACGCUGAUAUGCUGGCUGAUGUGUUCAGUGACUGGUAUGCUUUUCCUGUACGUUUCGAGUCUGCAGGCAGCGACAGUGCCAAGGCUCUUGCAAGGCAACUUGUGUCCUCUGCCAAGCAUGCGGGUAAUUGGAAAGACCGAGUUUAUGAUAUGCCCUUGGGUGAAUGGCUUGGAGAGACACUGUGGGAAUAA